UCUUUGACGUCAGCGUCCUCUUCCGCCCGCUCGGCCCCUGCCAACGAGACAGGGCUGCCGAAGUCGCCGCCAUUGUUGCCGGCCUUGUUUUUUUUCCUUCCCCCGCCCCCUCUCAGCUCCCGCGGAGAAUCCGCCGCCAUCCGCAGCCAUGGUGAACUUCACAGUAGACCAGAUCCGGGCCAUCAUGGACAAGAAGGCCAACAUCCGGAACAUGUCCGUAAUUGCCCACGUGGACCACGGGAAAUCCACCCUGACAGACUCGCUAGUUUGCAAAGCUGGCAUUAUUGCCUCGGCUCGUGCCGGUGAAACCCGUUUCACUGAUACAAGAAAAGACGAGCAGGAGAGAUGCAUCACCAUCAAGUCCACGGCAAUCUCCCUGUUCUACGAGCUUUCCGAGAAUGACUUGGCCUUCAUCAAGCAAAGCAAAGAUGGCUGUGGCUUCCUGAUUAACUUGAUUGACUCCCCGGGCCACGUGGAUUUCUCCUCAGAGGUCACAGCUGCUCUGCGUGUCACCGAUGGUGCCUUGGUUGUUGUGGAUUGUGUUUCUGGGGUGUGUGUCCAGACAGAGACUGUUCUGCGCCAGGCUAUUGCCGAGAGGAUCAAGCCUGUCUUAAUGAUGAACAAGAUGGACCGGGCUCUGCUGGAGCUGCAGCUUCAGCCGGAGGAGCUGUACCAGACCUUCCAGCGCAUUGUGGAGAACGUGAACGUCAUCAUCUCCACCUAUGGGGAAGGCGAGAGCGGCCCCAUGGGCAACAUUAUGAUUGAUCCCGUCCUGGGCACUGUUGGUUUUGGCUCUGGCCUUCAUGGCUGGGCUUUCACCCUGAAGCAGUUUGCCGAGAUGUACGUAGCCAAGUUUGCAGCCAAAGGAGAAGGCCAGUUGAACUCAGCUGACCGGGCCAAGAAAGUGGAAGACAUGAUGAAGAAGCUGUGGGGAGACAGAUACUUUGACCCUGCCACUGGCAAAUUUAGCAAGUCUGCCACCAGCCCCGAUGGCAAGAAGCUGCCCAGGACCUUCUGCCAACUGAUCCUGGACCCUAUUUUCAAGGUGUUUGAUGCCAUCAUGAACUUCAAGAAGGAGGAAACAGCCAAACUUAUUGAGAAACUGGACAUAAAGCUGGACAGUGAGGAUAAAGACAAGGAAGGCAAACCCUUGCUGAAGGCUGUGAUGAGGCGCUGGCUCCCUGCUGGGGAAGCUCUGCUCCAGAUGAUCACGAUCCACCUGCCCUCCCCUGUCACGGCUCAGAAAUACCGCUGCGAGUUGCUAUACGAAGGGCCCCCUGAUGACGAGGCUGCCAUGGGUGUCAAGAACUGUGACCCCAAGGGCCCCCUGAUGAUGUACAUCUCCAAGAUGGUGCCAACUUCUGACAAGGGCCGCUUCUACGCCUUUGGGCGUGUUUUCUCUGGUGUUGUAUCCACCGGUUUGAAAGUCAGAAUCAUGGGUCCAAACUACACACCAGGCAAGAAGGAAGAUCUCUAUCUGAAGCCAAUCCAAAGGACCAUUCUGAUGAUGGGCCGCUACGUGGAACCCAUUGAGGAUGUGCCUUGUGGGAACAUUGUGGGGCUGGUUGGCGUUGACCAGUACCUGGUAAAGACUGGCACCAUCACCACUUUUGAGCAUUCCCACAACAUGCGUGUCAUGAAGUUCAGUGUCAGCCCUGUGGUGCGUGUUGCUGUCGAAGCCAAGAACCCAGCUGACCUGCCCAAGUUGGUGGAAGGCUUGAAGAGGCUGGCCAAGUCGGACCCCAUGGUGCAGUGCAUCAUUGAGGAGUCUGGAGAGCACAUCAUAGCUGGUGCUGGGGAGCUGCAUCUGGAGAUCUGCCUGAAGGAUCUUGAAGAGGACCAUGCUUGCAUUCCAAUUAAGAAAUCGGACCCAGUGGUGUCUUACCGGGAGACAGUCAGCGAGGAGUCCAGUGUGCUGUGCCUUUCCAAGUCCCCCAACAAACACAACCGUCUCUACAUGAAAGCCCGCCCCUUCCCCGACGGCCUGGCAGAGGAUAUCGACAAGGGCGACGUGUCUGCACGCCAGGAGCUGAAGCAGCGUGCCCGCUACCUGGCCGAGAAGUAUGAGUGGGACGUGGCCGAGGCCCGCAAGAUCUGGUGCUUUGGCCCCGAUGGCACUGGCCCCAACAUCCUGACGGACAUCACCAAGGGGGUGCAGUACCUCAAUGAGAUCAAGGACAGCGUGGUGGCUGGCUUCCAGUGGGCCACGAAAGAGGGUGCCCUUUGUGAAGAGAACAUGCGUGCAGUCCGCUUUGACGUGCACGAUGUCACCCUGCACGCAGACGCCAUCCACCGUGGAGGGGGCCAGAUCAUCCCCACUGCUAGGAGGUGUCUCUAUGCCUGUGUGCUGACAGCCCAGCCCCGCCUUAUGGAGCCCAUCUACCUUGUGGAGAUCCAGUGCCCAGAACAGGUUGUGGGUGGCAUCUAUGGUGUGCUGAACAGGAAACGGGGCCAUGUCUUUGAAGAGUCCCAAGUGGCUGGCACCCCCAUGUUCGUGGUCAAGGCCUAUCUCCCUGUCAACGAGUCUUUUGGCUUCACGGCUGACUUGAGAUCCAACACAGGAGGCCAGGCAUUCCCCCAGUGUGUGUUCGACCACUGGCAGAUCCUGCCCGGAGAUCCCUUUGACAACACCUCCCGCCCCUGUCAGGUGGUUGCCGAGACACGCAAGCGCAAAGGGCUGAAGGAAGGCAUCCCGGCAUUAGAUAAUUUCCUGGACAAGUUGUAAAAAAAAACAAAAAACAAAAUGCAACACCAGUUCUAAAUGAAUAAAUAAACAAAAUUGCUGUUCUGGGACUCCAAAUCCAAUUAAACUAGCAUAACUCCAUUGGUGCAGCGGGCCGUGGCCACCGCCUUGCAUUCUUCUGUCGCAAAACCGAUUUUAAAAAGAGCUGCGUCUGUGUUCAGCCUUAGGGGUUUCUUGUGUCUGCACACGAACCACGAGGUCACCUCACCCAGUGCCAUUGUAACUUAAAUACAUUUCCAUUUGAUGCAACAGAAAGAAAAGGUUGCCACCUCCAUAUUUAUUUCACAUUCGGAGGCUACUGAGAAAUCAGGUUUUCCUCCCCUGCUUGAGGGGUCUCCCUCGAUGAGGCUACAAGCACCCCUUCUGAAAUUCAUUCCAUUUUCAGAAUGGUGGAUUGGGCAGGGAGGGGUGAUUGGGGACGUAGUCCAAGAUGGGCAUAGGGAAGGGCGAGGCUCUUCUAGUUGGGCAGAAACUAGAAGGCCCAGAGCCUCUGCGAUAACAAGUGUCAUUGUGCGAAUCAAUGUAUUGGUACCACUGGAACAAUAAAUUUAAUAAGAUGAUU